AAAAAUAGGGGGAAAAAAAAAGGAAAAAGUCCACGGUAAGUUCCAUCCGAUUCCAUGGAGGUCAUCGAUUCAAGCUCUGAAUCCUUCUAGAUUUUACUAGAAUGCUCCGCACUCACUGAUCGUAUGCUUUUUCCACUCCAGCCGGCCACCCUCAUCGGAGCAUCUCAUUUCCUCAACCUUCAGUCCAUUUCGUUCAUCGCAACUUCAUCGUUUCAUCUUUCGAACCGCACACACAAUCGGAGAAAUCGAAGAUGUUCGGAGUCGUCUUUCCCAAUCGAAGCUUUCCGAUGGACAUUUCAGCUUUCUCUCAAAUCGACACUUUCCAUUGGGUUCUCGACAUGAACACAUUCGUCGGUGAAGCCUACGAUCAGAUUCGUGAAAUGUGCAUUUUCUUAUUGAAUAAUUUCACUCUUCCGCCCGAUAAAGCUCUGGCUGUCUAUAUUCAAUCCCCUGGAUCUCAGUUUCUCUUCUGUGGUGCUGUAACCCUAGCCAGGCCCUCCGCGGUGCUAUCUCUUCCAUGGCCGGAGCCAGGUGGUCAGAUGCAGCUCAUGCCGCCUGAUUCGGCUCCUCUCUCAGCUAAAAUUGGAGUCUCCGUCCAGGAUUUGGCUUCCCUGCCAUCGCUUGAUGUCACGGCGGAAAAGCGAAUUGAGCGUCUGGCUCUAAAAGUUGGUGAGAAUCUCUUCAAUUUCAUGCAAUCUUUCUGCGGUGUUGAUGGUUCAAAGUUGGUUGUGCCGAUGGAUAUCUUGGACAGAUGGUUCAAGAAGUUUCAGGAGAAAGCCAAGCGUGAUCCUGAGUACUUGAAAGGCUUCGUUUUGUAAGGCUCCAAUUCAUCCCCCCAUCAUCUUUUUUUGUUGGGGGGAAGAGUUUUGAGACGCUGUAUUGUAGAGUAGUCGUGUUAAUGAAAUUAGGUUCUCUGUGUUUCUUUUUAUGGAUUGGGAAAGUCGAAAUUUCCUUCAAAUCUCUGAAUCUCUGUUCUUCUGAUAGUGUAUCUCACUUUGUUAUGAAAGAACAUGGGCUUCGCCAUUGCUUCUGAAAAGAGCAGCUUGUGGUUUGUUACUCUCUGAACUUUCUCAAUCCUUCCAAGCUCACUGGUUUCAAACAAUAGACUGUAUCUCAAUAUUGAGGCUCUAUCUCUCAAUCUGGCGUGGCCUUGGAGCUGUAGAGAUAUCGAUAUGCUUGAGGAUUGCCUUUCCCUCCCCUUUUUCGGAUGAGGAUAUGUUUUUGUGCUAUUUUGGAAGGUUUUGGGAAAAGAAACAACAUAAAUUUUGAAAAAUCUUAGGGGAGUUGUGAUCCUUGGUAGAUUCAUACUUUUCUCUGGGUUUUCAUUUGUAAAGAACAUAUUUUUUUCUUGAUUGGAAUUGGAACCCUCUUUUUGGGGAGUUCUUCUUGUAUUCCCCCUUGUUCUUGUUCAUUUAUUCUCAAUGACAGCUUGGCUCUUUACCCCAAAAAAA